AUGCAAGAUGAUUGGGACCGGGAAUGCUCUGAGGAUCGUUUAAUUACGGGCGGACGUUUGAUUUGCGAGCUUAAACAUCCAGACUUCCUUUCUUUCUUGUCUUUGUUUUGCUCGAAAAGAGUUGUCCCAUGUCCAAAUUGGCCGACACUUCCUCCAUUUCCAGAAUCCCUCCCUCAUCUGAUGCCCAACGAGUUCGUCGUGUUCAGCGUGAGUGGCUGAAACCCCCCAAACUCGCAGAGACCGCCGUUCCGCGUGGCCGUUCCCGGCGUGCCAGCCCGUCCAUGUGGAGCAGCGAAGGAUGAGUGGGCCCAAUUCAGUCGACGCACAUCCCUCCCCAUCCAAAACCGGUUCCCCGAAGCCCUGCGGCAGAUUCACUUAUCCCCUUAUCGUGUUGUUGAUCCUGCUUCUCCUGUCCACCUUCGCCUUAUUAGGAUAUCUGUUAUGGGACAAGGCCUCCCAGCCGUCAGUCUGCAUGACCCCGGGAUGCAUACACACGGGUGAGUGGAUGUUGCACUUCUCGUUUAUCCAUAAACAAAUCAAUAUUUGGUUUUAUUUUAUGAGCUUGGGCCUCGUAGACAAUAUCAUAAAAUCAAACUGCCAAAUUCAUCCCAUUUUAUUAUAUUUGUACGUUCUCUGUUCUAUUUUUGACAUUUCAGCAUCAAUUAUUUUGAAUUCCAUGAAUGCCACAGCAGAUCCGUGUAAUGAUUUCUACGAAUAUGCGUGUGGAAAUUGGAUAAAACAACAUCCGAUCCCCGACGACGCUCCUUCAGUCUCAAACUUCGAGAAUCUAGGGCAGGAUCUGGAGCUGGCGUUGAAAGGUAAAAAUGAUAAAAUGCGGAAAACAAACUAGAAUGUAACUUAAUGUCACACUUGUAACGAAAUGUCACAAACAUUAUUUUAAUUCUUAUACGUCGGAAAAUUCAGAAAACACAUGGAGAGAGCAUAAUCCUGCAUAAAUUACCAUCGCUCUCCCGCUUUUUUGGCUUAUAUUUUUUAUUUGUUCUUUUAAUCGCAGAAUUGAACAUUUAAUUUUGGAAUGCCCUUAGGGCGUUUUUUGUUUCUUCGAUCUUUGUUAUAUUGUCUUUUGGUGCCAACGAUUUUUAGUCUUUCUAGGAUGAGAUUUUAAUUUUAAGUAUAGAAAGAAAACCCUUUUUCAGAGCUACUGGAAGAAGAAUAUGACCCGAAAAUCGACGGUGAAGCCGUUCGAAAAGCCAAAAAAUUCUACAAAAUGUGCCUUAAUGAAUGUAAGUUUCAUGCAUGACAAAAGACACACUUUUUGUUGUGUUUUAUGCUAACGAUAACUUUUACAGCCGAAAUUACUAGUACAUGGCGAGCGAUGUUCGAUGAAGUUCGUCGAGAAUUUGGAGGCUGGCCUUCGCUGGAACCAGUGGGUGCUCCUCAUUCCAUAAGCAUUGAAAGGCUUUACGGAAUAAUGGUUGCCAAGUUCAGAGCAGAUUCCCUUUUCAAAGCCACUGUCCAACCAGAUGACAAGAAUUCGGAGAAACACGUUCUUCUGGUAAUAAUGGGCCCAUGGAUAACAUAAGCUGGAUUUAGAUCGACCAACCAGCACUCAAUCUGUUUGCUCGUGAUUUCUACAUGCUGUUGGAGACGGAGGAUGAGAGAUUGGCCUACAGGACUCUGGUCAGGGAUGUCCUUGUGCUUCUGAAUGCCGACUCUCAAAUCGCGGAAAGAGAUUCCAUCGAGAUCUUAAAAUUUGAGACCGAAUUGGCCAAUGUGAGUCAAAUUAGAAUUAAUUUCGGUAUAUUUAACAAGGGAACUUUCCUACUUUUAGACGGGGCAUAUCUCAAAAAAUACGUAAAAUAAUGCUGAUUAAAAGAACAUGUAAAAAAUUGCUGCCCAAUUUCGGGUUUCAGGGUUGAAAAAUCAACCGCAAGUUGACAUAAAUCCUACACCUCUCCACCCAAUUUUUCACAUGUUUAAAAAUUUAUUUACGCUUGAAAUGACGUUUCUUGAGUCUAAGAUGUAAUAAAUAGCUCUUGGCACAACAAUUUGUUUUCCGGAGUCAGGACUUUUCGGUCCCCCCUCCUUCGGGGGGCGCCUUUUCGGUCGCCUUUCUUGUCUAGAGGCUUAACAGACAAGAAAUCGCGGUUUCUGGCCCCGACCCCCGAUUUGAUGCGACCAUCCUUAUAUUCUUGAUCAGCGCAAUUUUUCGGAUCUUUUGUGAUGCCCCGUCUAAAAGUAGUGAAGCCCAUAAAAGUACUUUCCUUGCAAAGAAAGGUUCGCGAAAGACCCGAGCACCCCUUGGAACAUUUUUACCAAGUUUGUCCUACAGAGCUAAAUACCAAAACACUUUGUACACUAACAAAAAAAAUUUUAUAUUAAGCUGGCUACACGAAAAUUCAAAUCCAAUUCUUCAAAAUUUUUAGAUCCGCGCCAGACGACGUAUUAGGAUUGUGCGAAAUAACUUAUUUUGCUUAAUAUUCAAUCCUUUUAUUCCCUGAAAGGGCAAAAAUUGCGGCAAUCUAGAUUUUUGAGCGGUAAUUACAGAAUGCUCCCGGUAUCCUUGUCAUGAUUUUUAUAUUUUGAUACUUUUGCGCGUCACCAAAAAGCUUAAAACACGAUUUCUGACUCGGUGAAUUAGCCGUGGACAUAGGAAAUUUUCGAUUUUGAGAUUUACAGCUGGAUAUGACCGAACCCAUCAUAUAAGUGUGUUACUGAAGCCUUUUGCCCUAAUUCUCCCGUUAACCUAGUUUUAUUUACAAUUUAAGCAAUUUACAGUAACGUCAAAUAACUCAAAAUUGAGAAGAUACAGAGCCGUAAAACUGUUACCAUGUAUGUUUUUGGGCACUGGGAAUCCAACGGAGGUGGUUUUGGGUCGAAAGGAUUACUGUAACAUAGCAAACUUGCGCUUCGGCCGCAUAAAAUCGGCCGUAAAAAAGUUGUUUCUGAAAACCCACAGCUGAAUUUUUGAUAUGUUGAUCAGCAUAAAAUUCUGCCCUAGAAACAUUAAAAAAAAGUCCAAAAAUGCGGGGGGCUAUUUUCGUGGUAUAGUGGAUUUUGACAAAAUCUACCAAUCUGACGGCCCGAGUUCGAGUCCGGGUGGACGCAAAUCGCUUAGAAUUGGUCGGGAAUGACUUUAAAGGCGCGGAUAUGGAAGCUUGAGUUUAUUUCAGGUGAGUUUGAUAACAUUCUGGCAAUUUUCAGAUUUUUUGAUGGAAAAAAGGCGAAAAUACAACUUUUUGACAAAUCGUAUUUUAUACGGCUGUUUUGCGUUCAUGACAGAAUAAGAACUUAUAUGUAGUGUUUUUAAGGUGUUUCCAACAAGUAGAAAUCAUUUUCUGAGUAUUUAGAUAUUACACUAGGUACCUGUUAAUUUUGCCUCUUUCAGGCAUCUGUAGUAACGAAAUUUGGCUAAUGACAACGUAAUUCACUGUUUUACGGCCAUACUUCACAUGUUUUUCAGAAAAUGGUUCAUCAUCGAAGUGAUUUCGCUUUAUAGAAAAAUCGAUGAAAUGCGUAGAAAAUUUCAUUUUCAAACUAGAUUUCUUGUGGUUACUCGUCAAAUAAUUUAAAUUUUAUGCCAGUUAUAACCUUUGCAGACAAUUUGUCAAGUCAGAGCGAAAAAAAUUACAACCUGGAAGGUCCAUGCACUGCUUGCUUAUCAGAUGUCAAGUACAAUAUUAAAAAAAUUCUUUUUGACGGGUUUAAUUGCCGAAAAACCCUUCAAACGAUUAAAUAUAAGUUCUUAUUCUGUCAUGAACGCAAAACAGCCGUGUAAAAUACGAUUUGUCAAAAAGUUGUAUUUUCACCUUUUUUCCAUCAAAAAAUCUGAAAAUUGCCAGAAUGUUAUCAAACUCACCUGAAAUAAACUCAAGCUUCCAUAUCCGCGCCUUUAAAGUCAUUCCCGACCAAUUCUAAGCGAUUUGCGUCCACCCGGACUCGAACUCGGGCCGUCAGAUUGGUAGAUUUUGUCAAAAUCCACUAUACCACGAAAAUAGCCCCCCGCAUUUUUGGACUUUUUUUUAAUGUUUCUAGGGCAGAAUUUUAUGCUGAUCAACAUAUCAAAAAUUCAGCUGUGGGUUUUCAGAAACAACUUUUUUACGGCCGAUUUUAUGCGGCCGAAGCGCAAGUUUGCUAUGUUACAGUAAUCCUUUCGACCCAAAACCACCUCCGUUGGAUUCCCAGUGCCCAAAAACAUACAUGGUAACAGUUUUACGGCUCUGUAUCUUCUCAAUUUUGAGUUAUUUGACGUUACUGUAAAUUGCUUAAAUUGUAAAUAAAACUAGGUUAACGGGAGAAUUAGGGCAAAAGGCUUCAGUAACACACUUAUAUGAUGGGUUUGGUCAUAUUCAGCUGUAAAUCUCAAAAUCGAAAAUUUCCUAUGUCCCGGCCUUGCACACGGCUGAUUCAGUGAGUCAGAAAUCGUGUUUUAAUUAUGUCAAAAAAAAUUAACUUUUUUAGCAGGUUUUCAUGUUUGGGAUGGACGGUACUCAAAGUAAACAGACCCAAAAGAAUUUGAAUCUUUUGGCGAUUUAACAGUGAACCAACUAUACCAAACAAAAAUACGUUAUAUCCACAGCGCUUUCAAAUAAUCGCUAGUGGGGAAGAUUGUUGUUCUGGCCAGAUCUGAAAAUUUUGUAGAAUUUGAAGCGAUUUGAAUUUUCGGCACCGUGACAUCUCCGAAAUUUGGACACUUCCGGAAGCGGGAAAAAACAAAAGAUAUGGCUUAUGUUAGAAUUACCGCCUGAAUGGAUUUAUUGUUAUUAAUCACCUUUCGUUUUUUCUGUGUGUUACUCUUUUUCUUAAGCUCAGUAGUAAUUUUAAAAUUUUUUUUACAAAUACUCGAUGUAGGUUCUCGAUGGUGCUGAUUUCGAAAAUCGUGUUCAUUUUUUCUGAAAUUUACGUUUUUUCUUAAGAGCUGACAAUACCUUGGUUUGCAGAUCACAGUGGCGGAAGAUCAACGUCAUGAUAUUUCCGAGUUGUAUACGAAAUGGACGAUCGGAGAGAUGAGAACUCAGUUCAGGAAUUUUGAUUGGCUCCUCUUCUUCAAUACAAUCUUCGAGAAUAUCACCGACAAGUAUAACCGAACCAUCAGAUUCGAGGAGAGCACUGAAGUUGUCAUUUAUGGAGUCGAUUUUGUUCAUCGAUUCGACAAAUUACUUCCACAAUUUGAAACUCGGUACGUUUUGAAAAAGAUGACAUACAUAUACAUAUAUGUUAUCAUUGCUCUUGUUUUUAAGUGUAAUUGUCAACUACUUGUCGUGGUGCUGGUUCUUCAAAGCGAUGCUUCGAGAUCUCCCAGAUCCCUUUGCUCUGACCAUGUUCAAGUUUUACAGAACUUUAAAUCGUAUGUUCCAGUUGUCUAAAAUAAUAUCAAGCCUUCAGUAAUGAGUGUUCAGAAACUCCGAUGGCAUGGUUGCGUCACCAGAAUCAACAGUAUCAUGCCGAUGGCCACUUCCAGCAUCUAUAUUCGAAAUCACUUUGAUCAUGAGGCUAAGACUCAAGUGGAGGAGAUGAUAUCCUUGAUCAUGGAGGCAUUUGUGGAGCUAUUGGAAGAGGAGGAUUGGCUGACCAAAGAGACCAAGGCGUUUGCCAAGGAGAAGGUGCACACAAUGAACCAAAAAAUCGGAUAUCCGGAUUAUUUGAAUGACUCCAGGGCUGUCGAUCUGGAAUACAAAAGAUAUGUACUGUAUUCGGGAGAUUAUUACCGGACCAAAUUCCAAUUCUACGAGAUGUAUCAAAAGGAUAUCUUGGAGAGGAUACGAAUGCCAGUGGACCGAGAACGAUGGGUUGCUGGAGCCGCACUGGUUAACGCCUUCUACAGUCCUAAUACAAACGAGAUCAGUAGGUUCUGAAAGAUGAUUUAAUUGGUUUUAGUCUUCCCUGCCGGCAUCUUGCAACCAGUCUUUUAUAACAAACACUUCCCAAGAUCCAUGAAUUACGGAGGAAUUGGAGUUGUAAUUGGCCAUGAAAUCACUCACGGUAUGCCUAUGUUAUUAUCAAUUCAACUGGAUUAUAGGGUUUGAUGAUCGAGGACGGUUAUAUGACAAUCUUGGGAACAUUCGGCAAUGGUGGGACAAUGCGACCAUUGUUAAAUUCGAAGAGAAAGCACAAUGCAUCGAAAAUCAGGUAAGAUUUGGACAUGUUUAGAUUUUAAACAGGCCUUAAUUAUUUUUUUGUUUAUUGCAGUACUCAAAUUACGUGUUGGAACAAAUUUCGAUGCGAAUAAACGGCCGGAGCACAAAAGGAGAGAACAUUGCUGACAAUGGAGGUCUCAAGCAGGCAUAUCGAGCCUACAAAAAGUAUGAACAGUACCAUCCGAUCCCCCAACAACUCCCUGGCGUCAAUCUAACGCAAGAUCAGCUCUUCUUCCUCAAUUACGCCCAGGUAUUUCUUUCUUUGCUUUGAUCUAUGGAAGACGUUAUAAAAUUAAUUUCAAGUCAUUAAUUAAAUCUUCAGAUCUGGUGUGGAAUAAUGAAUGACAAAGAGGCGAUACGAAAACUGCGGACAUCAGAGCACUCACCGGGCCCUAUAAGGUAAUUUGUUAUAGUACGCCAUCCUUACAGCGAAGGGCCUUUAAUCACUUGACUCAAAGAAACACCGCCCUUAUUGGCCCAAUUCGGCAAAUAAUUUUGAAUGAUUUCAGAGUAAAGGGGCCCUUGUCGAAUUCCCACGACUUUGCGACGGCCUACAACUGUCCGGUCGGCUCGGCGAUGAAUCCGUUGAAGAAGUGCCGAGUGUGGUGAAGGCGAAGAUCCUCUAAUGUUAUUAAUUAAUUAUUGGUCUCUUCUACUCAUUUAAUAGUUGCUUAGAUUGUAUUCCAGUAGUCAUGCAGAUUGUUGAUGAUCUAGAUUCCUUUUUUUAUAUUGUUUAUGUCAUCAUGGUAUGUUCAGUCCAUAUUCCCUGUGUUAUAUGUAAGUAAGCUCUUCUCCAACAGAAAUCAAAAUCUAAUUUGGUCUUUCUCUUUAACAUUACGAACUAAAUUUGUAUUUUAUCAACAAAAAAUGAAUGAGAAGACCAGAGGACAUUGGUCGUUGGAACUCAGAAUUUCCUUUUUUUUGUAAUCUCUGUAUUGUAAUGUAAGUCUUUCUUCGAUGAUUCGGCGACGAAAAGAUACUCUUUUUUUAUUUUAUUUUUUUUUGCUUCGAAAUCGACAUAUUUCUUUUAGCCCGGAAUCCCGAUUAUAAUAUUGUAAUUGUAACAAUUUGUUUGAGCAAUAAAAUCUGAAAUCCCUAUUGUUUUUCAAAUACCUUUACGACAAAAAGAGAGCUCCGCCGAAUCUGUACUUCCAUCACUAUUUUGCGUUGUUGUCCUUAAAAUUCAUUUUUCUCCAUCCAAACCUGACGCCUCCACUUUACCGUAGCGGAAACCUGAAACCCUGAGGCACCCCACCCCCCUCAUCAGUGGUAAUUUGGCCAUUCCUUUUCCUCCAGAAUUGGGCUCAUUUUUGUCGCGCAAAGGGACCGCGGAUUCGGCGGAGGGCUUCGAAAAAAUGGGGGAUUUGCUGCCAGAAAGGGGGGGGGCGUUACUAAUUUCUUGUUUUUGAGCUGUUAAAAGGAUUUCUGGACACUUGUCUGGCCACUCCAGGUCCCGGUUCGGCUGUUCCAGAGGUCCACACUUCUCACAUUCCCACAAUGUCCGCCCGGAUCGUUGCUUUUCUUCUAUUUCUGAUUUCCUUCUUGGGAAUCAGUGCCGAGGUGAGUGGGAGGGUUACUGUAUAUCCGGAUUUCAAGUCAAUCAGUAUCUUCUAGCACCUCGUCUACUGAAUAAUACUACCUGAAGAUUAGUAAUAGUUUAAGGUUAUGUGAGCCUACCGUUAAUUAUCUGUGACUUUUAAUGACGUCAUAAAGUAUUCGUCCGUAAAAUUGCGCAAUCUGAGACAACCCCUCUGGCAAUAUAGAAAAUAAUUAAUUCAGAAGCUAUCUGUUUACCGCCAGUUAUCUUGCACUUGUCCUCCGUCUGUACAUAUAAGUCAUAAUUUAUUCCACUUGGGUUAUAUUUCUGAAAUAAGUGCAAGAAUAUCUUAUUAGAAAUAAGAUGCUGACCAUUCUACGCAGCUGUUUUAAAUGUUCAAAUUAUUAUAUGAGCAACUUAGUUAAUUGUAAUCUAAGUCUCUUUUAAUUGUAACUAUGAAGAAAAAUUUCAGAAACCCCGGAUAACACCGUUGUAUGGGAUGCUGAGACCAGGUUCCCUGCGUUUCCACAGUCGCCAGUUGAGGUCGGAGAGUGUCCCCUUGGGGGCGGAUCUCUCGGAUCAAUACCCCCCGCCCCCUCACAUGAUUCAGAUCAAACGUGAGAAGCCGAUGUUGAUGGGUUAUGGCUGGGAACAGUGCGAAUUUAGUCCGAUGAGUUGUCUGCUGCGACGACGACGCAAUGCCUGA